AUGCUGAUUUCAAGUGCUACAGCUUUAGCUCUACUAUCCGCUCUCGCGCUCGGUGCACCCGGCUACCAACGCUCAGAUACAAGCCGACCCCAGCGGUGCAUCGUCCCGUCUUCCAAUGGCACAGCUGAUGAUUCCCCGGCAGUCCUGAAAGCCUUUGCGCGAUGCGCCACAGACUCGGUGAUUGUUUUCAAGGAAGGCGUGAAUUAUAACAUCUUCACACCGAUCAGUGCGACCAAUUUGAGCAAUGUGGAGAUCCGGAUGAAUGGCAAUCUGCAUCUGCCUCAAAGCAUUGCAGAGGUUCAACGCGUCGUCAAUCGCACGAAUCGGGUGACAUACUCCGACGGCCAGCAUUGGUUCGCUUUCAAAGGACCCAGCAUCGAUUAUAUCGGCUCAUCAGAUAUCAACAAUGGCUGGAUCAAUUCCUACGGCCAGGCCUGGUGGGAUGCAAACCCGGUCAAUGGCACGGGUAUCGACUCACGCCCGCAUUUGAUGAGUUUCAAGACCACAGGUGGCUCACUGAAAUACUUCAAAUCUCGCAAACCCAUUGCCUGGAAUGUCCAAGUAGAAGGCGACGACAUUACUGUCAGUCAUGCCUUUAUUGAUGCGGAAUCUACCGGGUCAUUCCCCUUCAACACCGACGGCUUCGAUGUCACCGGCACAAACGUGAGAAUCACGGACAGUGUGAUCUAUAACGGCGACGACGCUAUUGCAGUCCAGUCGGGAUCUCACAAUAUCCUAUUUGAGCGAAACACUAUCGGCUAUCAAAGUCACGGCAUGAGCAUUGGCUCCCUGGGCGAAGACCAAACGGAUUUCGCCAACGUCUCAAACAUCCACUUUGAAGAUGUGACAGUAAUCGAUGCAGUCUACGGCGCGCGUUUCAAAUCCUGGAUAGGCGGUCAAGGACUUGCAAAAAAUAUUACCUGGAAAAAUAUCCGCGUGUACAAUGUCACUUUCCCGAUCUUCGUCACCCAAAGCUAUGUCAAUCAAGGCUCUUCUCAAACGCAGCUUGGAGAUGGCCAGACGACUGGACGUAUCAAUAAUGGCUCGGUCAUGAUGGAGGACUUUUCCUGGUCUGAUUUUACUGGCACCAUCAAUACUUUUCGACCUGGUGAUGGUUCCUGCGUGACUAAUCCUUGUUGGUAUGAUGAUGGGCUUCCAGACCUUAAACACACGGAGGCUGUCAUUAUCGAGUGUAACACCGAUACAUCCUGUAAGAACUUUGCUUUGGAAAACAUCCAGAUUAUCCCACAGAGCAUGGCAGCUCCUACGGUGGUGUGUAUAAAUGCCACUGCCGAACUGAACCCGCAAUUGGGAUUCGACUGCAAAAAUGGCACUUUCUCCCCAUUUUGA